GCAAAAAUCGACGCUGAAGAAGAAACAGUGCACGAAAGAAGCGACGUAGUCGGAGUCGGUGGGACCAUGAUCGAUUUAGAGACUGCCGAGCCAAAAGAGCUGAUGAAUCGGAUGGUGAUAGUGACUGCGAUAUCGCAGAAUCAUUUGAAGGAAUCGAAGGGAAUGAUCGGCAGCGUGCAGGAAUUCCUGCCACACACUAGAAUCGUAAUGUAUGACCUGGGCCUUACUCCAAGAGGUAUUAAACAGGUGAGACGUCUUUGCAAUGUAGAACUUCGAACGUUUGAUUUCAGCAUGUAUCCGUCGCACGUCAGGAAUCUCUUAAAGUUCGCGUGGAAACCGCUUAUAAUUCAGGGAGCGUUGAAUGAGUUUGGCAUCGUCUUUUGGUGCGAUGCGUCGGCGCGAUUCAAGAGAAAUCCACUGGUCCUGUUCACAUUGCUAAAAGAGCAACACGGCUUCAUGCGCCGAGUCGUUCAGUACAAACCUGAUUACAUGCUGAUUCGUACUCACCCUAAGAUGUUUGAGGCACUAGGCAUAGACAGGGAAAACUUCAAGAAGGACGGCGACUACGCCAUGUGCAUCGAGGCCAACCGCCUGCUGUUUGUAAACAGCGCCCUCGUGCGAAGGAACAUCAUCGAGCCUUGGGUGGACUGUGCACUUAGGCCCGCCUGCAUCGCCCCGAAUGGGAGCGUCAUACGGCAAUUCAUGGCGGGACCAAAGCUGUACACGCACCGUUUUGAUCAGGCCGCACUCGCCCUAAUCAUCUACAAGAAUCUGAGAGGUGUGUUCAAGGAGCAAAAUGACCGGUCGGAACUGUUUAAUGACGUUGUUAAAGUGGCCCGUUCCAGUCAAGGCUACGAAAAGGCGAAGGUCUGCAACCAGUCACUGACAGUCAGUGACUGGUUACCUAUCUUCCCCAAUGACUGGUAACUUAGCUCUACUAGUCUUCGUUUUAUAUUUCUAGCAUCAGCUGUAUUUAGCGGUGCCGUUAGAUGUAUAGCCCAUUAUCAUGUUUCGGCCAUCUUGAUUUUUUCGCAUUCAAAUCAACGUAACCAAAGCGAUGCUGGUUCUUAAACGCUUUAUUAAGGGCCUCCCCUGGUAUCAGGCGUGUAUCAAUGGGUGUUGUUUGCCCGUUGCAAAACAUAAUUUUCGUCCCGUUUAAUACGUCUUCACCGUCCUGAUUUUACUUCUAUCAACGUCCCGAUUUGCUUUUCAAAUCUGCAUCCCGUGGCAAUCUGCCAUUCUGCACCCCCGGCUGCCGCAAAGGGUGUACGCUUUGACAUUUUGGACAUUAAAAACAGGACAAAAACAAUAGAAUGAUAAAAAAGAAAUGAAUUCGAACGUAAUGAAAUUCCCACUUCAUGAGGAAAAAAAUCCUCCAAAGCUUCAGAUUAGAACAAAAAAAAACCCCAUUUGAACCCACACCACGAGGAUCCCCAGCGGUACAAAAUCAAGACUCUACCGAUUGAGCAGGAAAUUCAUGGUAAUACCUGCGUACGUCUCAUAAUAAGUCAAGAGGGCGCUAGACCACCAUGUAUUGUGGAUGUUGUUUUUGGAAAAAAAUAAUUUGCCCCGGCUAUGCCACUGCCUACUAUAUUUGAAGGAACUGCAAGUAAUCUAGGAACGAUUGAACGAUCUGGCAGGGAAGCACGGCAUCUCAAUGCCUCAGUGAUUCCUGCUUACUUGAACUUGAACUGUACAGCUUGUUGAACCAUUCCAUGCAAAGGACGGACUUCAAAACCAUUAUCCGUGUCUGUGUAUUGUCAGACAUGUUCAGAGGUUUUAAAGGCCCUUCGUGAUCUUUCGUGAUUAUUGAACUAAAACAU